UUAUGGGCACAUUUGCUUGGUUAUUCGUAUCAGUCACUCUUAUCCAGCUCUGCCGAUCGGACAAAAUUCUGGCUGAUUUCAUCAGGGACUAUUAUGAAGCGAGCAAUAUCCAUCAAAUUGUCAUAUUCGCUUGUUGGGAUUAUGCAGUUGACAUAUCGCGGAACAUCAUGGGCCUUGAUACAGCUAUUACUUAUCAAUCAACAGCAGAUGAUGUCGAUUUGACAGAUAUAUUGCGUGUCAAUUAUUACCAUUUGGGAAUCGUGUUGGAUUUUGAUUGUCCCUUCAGUGAAAAUAUUAUUGACAAGUUUUCCAACCAUCUUCCGUUCAAUGAGUCCUACCACUGGCUCGUGUUAUCAAACUUAUCACCAAUACCCGAGGAUUAUCUCGAGGGUCUGGCGCUCACAGUAGCAUCAGAAUUAACAUCAGCAAUUCGUGAUGGGAAUCAAUUCCAACUGUAUGACAUUUACAAUCCGAGUUAUCGUCAUGGUGGUUCUGUCAACGUCAUUGACAAGGGUCAGUGGACUCCCAAUAAUGGACUGCAUGAUCAAUUGAGUCAAUAUAAAUACACACGUCGAGCUGAUUUACAGCAAUUGUGCCUGAAUUUUUCAGUUGUGCUGUACUACCCAGCUUUACCAGACUUCAUGACUUACUUAUCGACAUACAUGAAUAUAAAAAUGGACACUAUGACUCGAGCCCACUAUCCUGUGGCAAUGUACCUUCAAGAUAUGUAUAAUUUCAGUAUGAAAAUACAUCAAGCAACAACUUGGGGCUAUCUGGUCAACGGAUCGUUCAAUGGACUCAUUGGAGACAUAAUAUCAGGUUUCAUUGACAUGAGUCUCACUCCAUUCGAGUUUCAUCAGAGCCGAAUGGAUUUCGUAGAAUAUGCUGUAGAAACUUGGUACGCUGACGUUGCGUUUACAUUUCUCCAUCCAAAGACAUCAACCCUGUGUAACAAUUUCUUGAAACCUUUCACGAAUGAUUUGUGGUGGAUGAUUUUAUUGGUGGCCGCUAUCUAUUGGGCUUUGUUACUGCUUUCUUUGAUAUUAGAGCAGCAUUAUGAAGCUAAAACCCAAGACACCGAGAUGAAUGUGAGUGACACCGGUCUUACAACUGUGGCAGCAUUAUCUCAGCAAGGAUUGAGCGAUAGCCCGAUUUUUUUCUCUGGACGAAUCAUAUUUCUUUCACUAUUUUUCUGGGCUCUUCUUCUCUAUCAAUUCUAUUCAGCAAGUAUUGUCAGUUCUCUAAUGACCGUUCCUCCUCGAUGGAUUAAGACUAUCAAAGAUCUCAGUGACAGUGAUUUUCAAGUGGGUUCGCAUUUUGUGCAAUACUACCAUAAUUUGUUCAAGACAUCAACUGAUCCUGACGUGAUUGAAUUAUACAACAGAAAAAUUAAAUCACAUCCGAAUUCCUUUCUAUCAGUGGAGGAAGGUUUCCGCAAGGUACAAGAUGGCGGAUAUGCAUAUCUCACGGAAACCACUGCUACCUACCCAGUAUUGACGAGUACAUUUUCUGAGGAUCAGAUAUGCGCAGUUGAAGAAAUACGUCUCAGAAAACCUCGGAGUAUCUCAUUGAUUAUGCCGAGAGGUUCACCAUUCAAAAAAAUUAUGAAUUAUGGAAUGCGGAAGAUUGUACAAGCGGGGAUAAUGCGUCGUUUGCAAAAAAUAUGGCGUGGUACUCGUCCCCCGUGUCCUGAGAACUACAAUGAUAGACCUACUCCCAUGGGCAUGACGGAAUUCAGUCCUGCACUAUUUCUUCUAUCUAUUGGUCUGGCCAUCUCUACCGUAAUUUUGAUGAUGGAAAAUUUGUACUUUUACAUCGAGAAUCAACGUUACUCAUCACCAAUCGAUGAGGAGUGAUUAAUACGGGAUAAUGGUUUCGACGAUAGGAAUACGGAAGUCUUUGAUUGACGUUCCAUUUUUGGCAUUAGUAUGCAGUAUAGUUUUUGAAAAUAUGUAAAGUUUUGACGAUUUCAUGAAUCUGUUAAGAUUUUACAUUUAAAGUCCAUGUUAUUGU